CAUUACUUUAAAAGCAUUUCUAUUAGAUUUUCAAUUCAGUUGGAACUUUAAUGCCAAACGAACAACUCGACAGACAGGGACAGGAACAGACGCCUAGACCGAGACAGCAAGAAAACUGAAGUGGGAGAGAGUGUGUGAGAGUGUGAGACGGAGCGAGAGCGAGAGCGAGACAGACACUAUGUAUUUGCAUAAUUUUUUACUAUUUUCCAUAACUUGGAUGAUUCUACAUCUUCUUCUUUUUGGUGAACUUACUACUGGCACCCGUCUACGUCAUGAGCCUGUAAGCUUGCUGAAUGAUGACCUUGGUCCAUAUUGGGAAGAGCGUAAUGCCAGCUAUUGGCUGCAACAGGCUCAAAGGCAAUUGAUCCAGCGUUUGGAACGUUUCCGCAAUGCUCGAGGAAUUGGUGAUGGCCCAUUGGAUAGUCGUGUGGCAAAGAAUAUCAUUUUGUUCCUAGGCGAUGGUCUGUCCAUGUCCACGUUGACUGCUGCACGCAUACUCAAGGGUCAGCGUGAGGGAUUCAGUGGCGAGGAGUGUCAAUUGGCAGUCGAGCAAUUUCCUUUCUCCGGUUUGAGCAAGACGUACUGCAUUAAUAAACAGACAGCUGACUCGGCAUGUUCGGCUACUGCCUAUUUGGCGGGAGUAAAGACAAGUGGCGGGACUGUGGGCCAAAGUGGAGAUGGAUUCAAUGUGGAGCCGAUCACCCAGUGGGCCCAACGUGAGGGCAAAGUCACGGGCGUAGUGACAACGACACGUCUAACAGAUGCCAGUCCGGCUGGCACUUAUGCUCAUGUCCAGAAUCGUGCUGAAGAGUUGGAAAUAGCUCGUCAACUGGUGGAAGAUGAGCCGGGACGGGGCAUGAAAGUCAUUUUGGGCGGUGGCUUGGGGAAAUUUGUUAGUGAACGACGCGAUGAUCGCGAUCUUCUCGAGCAAUGGCUGACAGAUAACCCGGAUGGUUGUUUUGCCCGUAACCUGGAGGAUUUACGUGACUGUCGUCAUGGCAAUGGCUCACUGCUGGGUGUCUUUGGUGACAAUCAUUUGGAUUAUCAUCUGGCUGCCAAUAAAGAGCAGCCACGUCUCAGCGAGAUGACUGCCAUGGCCAUUGAACGUUUAUCUCAGCAUCCCAAAGGCUAUUUCGCCUUCAUCGAAGGCGGACGCAUCGAUCAUGGCCAUCAUGAGACACGUGCUGGUUAUGCGCUCGACGAGAUGCUGGAAUUUGAUGCUGCCAUCGAAAUGGCCAUCAAUAUGACCGAUCCGCAUGACACACUCAUUGUGGUAACAGCGGAUCAUGCUCACACUUUGAGUCUGUCUGGUUAUGCCAGGCGUGGCACAUCCAUCUUGGGCCUAGAUAAAACCCAAACCGAUGUGGAUGGUGUACCCUAUAGUAUAUUGAAUUAUGCCAUCGGCAAAUGGCAGAGUCUCAACAAGGAGGGCAAACGUGAGAAUCCGGCCAAGACAUUAAGCAAAACUUCAUAUUUUCCUAGCUAUAUACAUGGUCGCAAGGGUGUACAUUCUGGCGAGGAUGUGGCAAUAUUUGCUCAAGGACCACAAUCGCAUUUAUUUAGCGGAGUUAUGGAACAGAAUCUAUUGCCCCAUCUGAUGGGCUAUGCGGCUUGCUUGGGUCAGGGUCUAACCCUGUGCAAUGAGACUCCCGAUUAAUGCCCGAUUAAAACCGAUUGAAGGCCGACAAAAAUAUAAUAGUGUCGCUUAUUACUCGAUCCUGAAGCAUCACUAUCGGGCGAAACACUUGGCAGCAUAUAGGUACUUUCAUCGGGUACUUCUAGAUAUUUGGACAUACGUUUGAUAUCACGAUGCAGCAAUAGAGAUUCCUGGCGUAACUCUUCAGCUUUCAGACCCUA